AUGGCUGCAAAUGGCGGACAAGGCCACUUGAACAAGCUUCCUUUGGAUGUCGUGUUGCAUAUUCACUCCUUUCUCCCUGAUUGGAUUGACAAAUUCCACUUUGCAGCAACAAGUGAGCGUUUAUGGUCCUGGAGUAGCCGAUUGGAAUUGGAGCACGCACUUGUGUUGGGACAAGAUACGCCUGUCAAUACACUUCAAAUCAUUUGUGCACGAACUAUAAAGCUUCCUGAUCGAAUGAAUUCAUCCUUGCUCAAGUUGGUGGUGCAACACAGUUAUUCGACAACGGCAUUUCAUGUUUCAUAUCCAAGCAGCAAAACCAGGGCAUUCGGCAAGCGUCUCUUGCGAUACAUUGACAAGCGACAUGAUGCAAGUAAGAUAGCAGUUUAUGUCCACCACGACCAUGCCAACAUGUGGAACGAUAUUGCCAAGGAGUGUUGCAAUCAUGUCAAGAUUAUGGUGACUGGACUUGAUCACGAUACGGAAGUGGAUAUUGACAAGUUUGUAACGCCGGAGGAAGCUGAGCGCACAAAACAGAUGAUCAAGGAACUAGCGGUGAUGUCUGGAAGAUGUGCAUUGCGUAGCAACAUUGGUUCAGAAGGCGACAACAACGCUAUGGAAAGCUCAACAACAUCAGCUAGUCAGCUCAUACCUUUUGGUGCAAUCCGUCUACUCAAAAAAGGAUGUGCUUAUGAAUUUGACACACUUAAGGCCAUUGAUGAUCAACGUUUAUCACCAACUGCAGCACUUGAUUUGGAGGAAGCACAAUCGACAGCCGUGGACAUUGGCGAACGUUACAUUGAAGCAUUGGUUAUUUUUGGAUCAUACUGGUUUCUGGUUACGAGCGUGGAUGUUUUCUUGCAUGGAUGCCCGACAAUCGAUGACUGUGCACAUCAAGGUGAUUGGAAGUAUCAAGAGAGUGUUCAAGCUUCAAUCGCUAUCAAAAGCCGCUUUGGGCAAUCAAAGUACAUUGAGUUGUCUUUAUCCCUUGGUGCUAUGGAAUUAUUAGCUGUGGGAGGAUUUUUUGGUCAUCAUGAUCAUCCAGCAGUGAAAGGCUUUCUUGGAUCAUCGAUCAAGGACUUACCACAUGAAUUACGCCAAUCUCAAUCUUCCACCCAUAUCCUGAUUCGCAAAACACCAGCUACUUUCACGAGAUCCAACCGCCAUUUACGCCAAUAUGCAAAGUCAUCAUCAUCAUUCCUUUGGUCACUGCAUAGUCAUCGAUUUGUUUCUCAAGAAUGCUAUCCGGUUAACCCACUUGCUUUUGGUGAUCACCCUAUCACAAGGAAAGGGCGUGGCGGUGCAUCUUCCCGUGUGGCGUCUAUGAUCAUGAAGUGCAUUUCGAAGAAGAGGAUAUCGAAGAAUGAACUGGAUAUGAUGUUGAUGAAGUUAGCAUCUGACAGCAGCAUGAAAAAAGUGAUCAAGGGUAGGGAUACGGUUACUUUCAACAGCAUCAGUAAGAAGAUGAUGACUCCUGAAUUUGAUGAUAUCAACACCUAUAUGAAAACGAUCAUUGCUGCCGGGGAACUUCUUGAAGGGGAAUUGAAUGACCGGGAACAUGCCAGCUUGCGCCAAUUAUCAACAUUUACAGCCCCAGUCGUGAAUAUCUGCAAUGCCGGUUUCUCGGAACGAAUCAGCAGCGCCAAUACCACUGCCAUCUCAGCAUUCUUAAACAAGUAUCCCGUUCAAUUCUGA